UUCGCGCGGUCAAGUGACGUCACAGAACAGCGAUAUUUGUGACGUCACAGUAGAGCGACAAUGACGAUUCUAUGGUGCGCAGUCAAGCGUGUCACAUAAUCAACAUGAACGAUAUCGGAGAAAAUGUUUAUCAGGCAGAAAAAAUCAGUAAAAAAAGAUCAAAAAAGGGAAGAGACGAAUUCUUUGUGAAAUGGAAAGGUUGGUCUACACGACACAGCACGUGGGAACCAAAGGAAAAUAUUCUCGACCAAACUUUGAUUGACAUGUUCGAAGCUGGGGAAACAAAUUCGAAACGAAAAGGUCGGAAACAAAAACGACAACGACCAGUUUGGAACGAACCAGAGAAAACUGAACCAGCAGAGACACCUAGUGGCUCAUCGGUCGUGAAAAUGGAGAUAAAAAAAGAGAACAAAGAAAUUGAUAAAGUUGAUUGUGAUGUCAUAGAGGAGAAAGUAGAGACGAUUGUCGAUGAGCCUGAGGUGGAUACGAAGAAAAAGUGUUUUCCGAUGAAAAAUGUUUCUUUGCUCCGCCGAUCAAUCGGACGGCCUCGUAAGAAAGUUGUAUCGCAGGAGGGGAAGCCCCUUGUAACAUCAAACAAUUGGAAUUUUAACGAAAUCACCGUGACCGAUGUAAACCUGCAUUCGCAGAAUGUAACUUUCCUAGAAUGUGAGCGCGGGGGUGUGUUUAUUGACCCAUAUAUUAAUACAUGAAUUUUUGUUCCAAUAAAUUUAUUCACGACGCAUAGA